AUGACCCAGCAGGGCGGUGAAUACAUAGGAAAAAGGAAUAUGACGAUCCAAGGAUAUCAAUGCCUUCCCUGGAAAGCAGUUACAAGCACUGGUGUUCGAUUCUUGUCGUUCCCCGAUUCAGAGAGCGUCGACGCAUAUCACAACUUCUGCCGAAAUCCGUGGACGACGAAGACCGAUUCCCUAUACUACAUGAAUGUGAACAUUGCUCCUUGGUGCUACUAUUACGACAAUUAUAAAGGCAGCCCAUGGUGGGCUUAUUGCGACAUCCCAUUCUGCAGUAGGCGAGUUGAGUACAAAGGAGCCAGAACGGGCGUGUACCCGGAAUGCCGAUUGUCAGAGAAAGGGAGGGAAUACGUUGGUAGCCAGAACGAGACAGAAACCGGAAAGGCUUGUCUAUCGUGGGAUUUAAGUCCAUACGGCGUUCCUUGGGAUUUCUUCCCUAGAUGGCUACCUCCACAUUUCGGGUCCAGAGGCGACUUUUACAUGGAUCCCACCAGUUAUUUGCUGGACUUUAAUAUCAGUCAUAACCAUUGCAGAAACCCUGGGCUGUACAGGGAGCGACCAUGGUGCUUCGUCUCAGACGUGAACGCGAAAUGGGAAUACUGCGACAUCCCCUUCUGCCAAGACCUCGAAGUUCUGGNAGACGUGAAGGGGGUGUCAUACAUAGGCACGAAAAAUGUGACCAGAAAAGGACACAAGUGCGUGGCAUGGAUUGUUGGUUGGAUGGGCCAAGAAGAACAUGAUUAUUCCGACUAUACGGAAAAGGCUAACAUGAUCAGCAAUUUCCAAAAGAGGUUAAAGGACGAUUUGUACCCCACUCACAACUUCUGCCGGAAUUGGAACGAUGACGAUGAAGGUCCUUGGUGCUACAAGAGCGACGGGCGUGGUAGGGAAUAUUGCGAUAUUCCCAUAUGUACCGAAAACGUUUCCGAGAAGUAUGAACAUUGA